AUGGAGACAAAUCAAGUCGUCAUGACAUCACGACAGGCCGGACGUCGGCCGAGUCUAAGUGUGUCCGACAUCAUGUCGUCGGCCGGUCAGGUAUCCGCGGUCAACUUUAUGACGGGCGUACCGGAGGAAGGUACCAGGCUGACCGUGGAGUCCGUGUGGAAUCCCGCCGUCGCCGUCGGCAAAAGCAAGACGGAGAGCUUCAUGCGAAACACCAUUGAUAAAAGGUCGCUGUACGCCGUCCGUCGCGAGAAUAUCGCCAGUCGCGAGAUGGACUUCGUGUCCGCCCGGCCCGGCGAGCGCUACGGGCCACCCGUGACCAACAUCGAACACCUCGUGGAGAAGAACUACAUCAUUGACAGCCGCCUCAAGAACGCAACCCCGGAAAAGUUCCCCAAGGUCAUCAUGCGGAGAUUCCACCGGGUGUCGGACCACGACGAUGGGAUCUCCUAUGGGAUGCCGCGACCGCCGUCACGCACAGUCUUCCAGAGGGUCAUCGACGGUAUCAAACGGGAGCCGAGCAUCGUAAACAUCCAAAAGUUCCCGUCGCUGCACGAACCGGUGCUGUGCGGAAGUCGUGAUGAGUUCUGUGAGAUUCUCGGACCCAGCGCCUGUCGGCAGUGUAUCGAGAACACUAUUCGAGCGAUAGGUGAACAGCUGCAGGAUAUGCUGUUCCCGAUGAUAGACAUCACGACGCCGAAACUAAUCGCGCCGAAGUUGGCACAUCUCCUGAAGACAGGACACCGCUACCAGGUCCGGAAGCGGCGUCUGCAGGAACUGGGUAUCGAGGACGCUUGGACGCCGACUAGAAACGAUAAGCCCGUGACGAAAAGCGCCUGCGUCAAGUGCCGGAAGCCGAUGAAGACGGCGAAAAUUGUCGUCACUUCACCGUCGGUGUGUAAAAUGACUAGCUCGAGACUGUAUAGCAAUAAACCGGAGAGGUUUUAG